AUGUCGAUACCUAGGUUUAUAUUUGGAAAGCGAAAUUUAUGGAACAAUCCACUGAAGAUCAAGGGAACUCUUCCAUAUCAAACGCUACGUAGCUAUGCAAAAAAGUCAAAGGAAUCUCCUUCAUUUUCAAUGACAGUUCCUGAAGUUACCAAGUAUCUACGAGCCCUGAGUGUUUCUGUUCCUUUUGAAGGAUCUUAUGUUCUUUCAGUGGGUCUACGGACCCGACGAGGACUUCCACCUGUUCGAGGAAAAGUGUUAUUUCCUCAUCCAUUUCUUGAGACUCCUAAAGUUUGCGUCUUAGCUGUUGGGGAUGCACAACGAGAGGCUUUAGAACACGGUGCAACUUAUGCUGGUGGAGAGAAUGUCGUCCAAAAAAUAUUAGCGGAAGAAAUAGAAUUUUCAAAAUGCUUGGCUCAUCCUAAUGCUUCUCAUCUGUUGCCUAAAGUAGCAAAAACUUUAGGACCAAAACAUCUGCUGCCUGCGGCGAAGCGUGGAACUAUAGUUGAAGAAGUAGGCCCUGCUGUGGAAGCAGCGAUGAAAAUGACGGAUUAUCGGGAAGCAAACGGUGUUAUUAAUAUGCCUGUGGGAAAGCUAGAUUAUGAUGAAAAGCUACUACAAGACAAUAUUGAAGCGUUGCUUAAUAGUAUACGCAACCAUAUAUCGCAGCUUCCAACAAAAGUUAAAGUUACAAUCAAAAAGACACAUCUUUUCGCUUCCAAUACGAUUUCUUUACCUCUUCCCUAUAAAUAA